AUGGGGGAUUUCAAUAUGCAGGUGUACUGGGAAAACCAAGUUGGUAGCAGAUCUCAAGAAAUUCAUGAACGUCUACAGGACCCGAGAUCGGGAAAUUCAAAGGAAUUGAAACCACAUCAACUGCGACGUUGCAAACGAGCAUGGGUUCUAGCCACAUUUGAAAUUACAGAAGAAGAUGAAGGUCCUUUCCCUAAAUUUGUUGCCCAGCUUCAAAAUGACAAAACACAAAAUUAUUCAUUGUGGUAUAAAAUUAUGGGUCCUGGAGUUGAUCAAGAUCCGGAACAUGGCUUAUUUGAAAUAAACAAGAACAAUGGAAACUUAUAUAUUAAUCGUAAAGUUGAUCGGGAAAGAACUUCAAUAUUUAAGUUAACAGUUGAUGCUUUGCAAAAACGAACUGGAAAUAUUUUGGACUCAUCACUGAUUUAUCAGAUCAAAGUAAAAGAUAUCAAUGACAAUCCCCCCGUAUUCUCCAAAGAUAUUUACCAUGUCCAGGUUUCGGAAUCCACUGCUCCAGGUCAAAGUAUUUUUAAAGUUGAAGCCACGGAUAAAGAUGAGAUAAAGCAUCCUAACUCAAUUAUUUCAUACUAUCUUGUUUCUGAACCGAAAGCACCAACUGGAAGGAUGUUUGCUAUUGACCAAGAAAAUGGAACAAUUACUCUUAAAAAUUGCUUAGAUUAUCAGAAAAUCACCUCAUACAAACUUCUCAUUCGUGCUAGAGACAAUGGUCCUCAAAUUCAACAUUCUUCCACCGCCACAGUAAUUGUUAAUGUGGACGACAGAAACAAUAACCCUCCUACCUUUAUCAGUCACACUGCCUCAGCAACUGUGUCUGAAAAUAAUGUUAUGGCAGUUAUACUGAAAGUAAAGGUAACUGAUGGAGACCAACCUAAUACCCCAGGUUGGAAAGCAAAAUAUACCAUUAUACAUGGGAAUGAAAAGGAGAAUUACAAAAUUGAAACUGAACCAGAUACAAACAAUGGAAUUCUGUUGCUGAUAAAGCAUUUAGAUUAUGAGCAUGGUCGAGAAAGAAUACUUCAGAUCGCUGUUGAAAAUGAAGAACCAUUAUUUACCUGUCCUGGCACGAAUGUUGAUUUGCGUACUUCAGAAUCACAGAUAAUGACAGUAAAUAUCAAUGUAUUGGAUGAAAAUGAUCCACCGCUUUUUGACCCUGCUGAAAUGUUAGUCAAACAUAAAGAAGGUCUGCUACCUGAAGUUGUGCUGGGGAGAAUGAAUGCCACAGAUCCAGAUAAUAUAUUUAAAAACCAUAUCAGGUAUGUAAAAGCACAUGAUCCUGGUGAACUAGUUUCUGUGGAUAAAGUGACUGGUAUUGUCACAACGUUGAAAGAAUUGGAUCGAGAAGCACCCUAUAUGAAUGGAAGUGUUUAUGAUAUUAUUAUUCAUGCAGUUGAUGAUGGUGUGCCACCUCUGACUGGAACAGCCACUCUGCACUUACACUUGUUAGAUGUUAAUGACAAUGCACCAUAUAUAGUGAACAACAAUCAACAUAUGUGCACUAAUAGUAAUGAGCGAUCCAUCAAUAUUAUGGCAGCAGAUGAUGAUGAAAAUCCAUUCAGUGGUCCAUUCACAUUUGAACUAAUGGAUACCAAAGUAUUUGGAAAGAAGAUGUGGAAAUUAUCAACAGCAUACGGCACAUCUUCACAGCUUAUGAGUCUGCAGGAUCCCUUACCAGGAGUUUAUGCAGUGCCUUUCAAGAUCCAUGAUCAACAAGGAAUUAGUAAUGUGAAUGUAUUGAAUUUGCGUGUUUGUCACUGCCCAGAUGAGGUUGAAUGUGAAAGCCUGGAAACCCAUAGAUCCAUUGGUGUUGGCACAUGCAUUGGUGUUCUGUUUGCCUCAUUGUUAUUACUGCUUUUUGUUCUAUGCUCAUUUUUGUUUUGUAAUUUCACCAACAAGAUGCAGACUAAUUUAGUCCCUGAUGAACCUAAUGGGUCAUUAAUAAAAUACAAUGAAGAAGGAGGUGGUGCACCAUGUUCAGCUGACUUUAUUUCACGAUUCUUGCCAGAAGAAAAUGGUCACCUUUUACUCCAUGGCUUUGAAACUUCAGGCACUUUGCAAAUAGAGAAUGAGAAUCUGCUCAAACACAAAGGAUUCUUCCAACCUUCAGCAAAAAAUUUGACCCCAGUGAACUCUUCACCUAGCUAUGACUUCAAUAAUCAUAAUGGCCUGGAGACUGCAAGAGUGCAAUUCUACAAUGACAGGGAAGACCUCCAAGACCAUUGCGCACCCCAUGUUUAUAUGCAUGAGGGAAGAGCUACAAGUAUAAUAUCGCUUGACAGUCUCACUAAUACUGAGAAAAGAGAUGACUUCAAUUAG